AUGACAUUGCCACCAAGUCUUGCAGUGGACAGUCCACGUAUCGUGUGCAGACUGAAGAAAUCAUUAUAUGGUUUGAAACAAGCUAGUAGACAAUGGUAUGAAAAAUUGGUCAGCAGUCUUUGUUCAAAAGGAUACAUACAUUUAGAUAGUGACUAUUCACUAUUUUAUAAGAGGAAGGGAGCUUCUUUGGUGUUUGUUGCCAUAUAUGUAGAUGAUGUGAUCUUAACUGGAACUGAUUUGGAGGAAAUCAAUUCUUUGAAAUCCUUUUUGCAUGAUCAGUUCAAAAUAAAGGAUCUAGGUAGACUACACUACUUUUUGGGGUUAGAAAUAUUGUACAGGCCUGAUGGAGUUCUCAUUUCACAAAGGAAGUUCACCACUGACCUCUUGAAGGAAUUUGAUUCUUUCGACUGUAAAGUUGCAGCCUCACCCCUUGAUUGUACUGAAAAGUUGAAGGCCACAGAUGGGAAGCUAUUGUCUGAUCCUACCUAUUACAGGAAGUUGAUAGGAAAACCUAACUUUCUUACAAAUACUAGGAUGGAUAUAGCUUAUAGUGUGCAGCAUCUCAGCCAAUUUAUGCAAACACCCAGAGAACCACACUUGAAAGCAGGUUAUCAUGUUCUUCGAUACUUGAGACAAGAUCCUACAAUAGGAAUCUUCAUUUCAAACAAACCUGACCUUACUGUUAGUGCCUAUUGUGACUCAGACUGGGCUGCUUGUCCUGAUUCAAGAAAGUCAGUUAGUGGUUAUCUAGUGCUUAUGGGUUAUAGUCCUAUCAGUUGGAAGUCUAAGAAACAAGCCACAGUUUCUUUAUCCUCUGCAGCAGUAGAAUACAGAGCUGUGAGACUGGUAGUAGGAGAGCUGGUUUUCUGUGAUAGUCAAGCUGCAGUACACAUUGCCAAGAAUCUAGUUUUUCAUGAAAGGACAAAACAUAUAGAGAUCGAUUGCCAUUUUGUUAGGGACAAACUUCAACAAGGCCUGAUCACACUUCACCAUAUUUCCACUGAUUCACAGUUGGCAGACAUUUUUACAAAGGCUUUGACUGGAGUUAAACAUACUACACUAUUAACCAAGUUGUCUGUUGUGGUGGUAGUGGUAGUGGGUUUAGGUCUGUUGACAUUGCUCCAAGGCCAUGUGGAAGUGGUUGUUGUUGGUAAUGAUGAUGGAAAUGAAGGUGUUAGGGAUGCAACCAUUGUUCAAUGGACAUGUGGGGUGGGGGUUGUUCUUGUUGUUGUUGGAAUACUAAUAGUGCUUUUUGGAAAUCCAUAG